AUGUCACACUCUAUAAUGAAAAUAUUCAUGUUUUGGGUUCUAAUGAGUUAGUCCAAGUCAUUAAGAUUCAUCCUCAUCGAAAGGCAAAAAACAUAGCUCCCUUGUAUCCUAAGGAAGACUCACGGUCAGACGCCCUUUCAAAAAUCAAAAUCAAAUCGAAAGCGUCCUCUCCUGUUUGUGUCUCUGUGCUUUCUCUUGUUAAUAAUUUAUUGACUUACCUCUCUCGUGUCGUGUAG